GGGCUGACGGGCAUCUCCGUUCCUUCUUCGAACACGCGCUGCCUCGCACUUUUCAAGCUCCCAUUCGAGAGCCUCGCAUUGUUGGCUCGCGGCGAAAAGCCACGACUUAUCAAUCGGUCAUCGGCAAGUCAAAAUUAAGACACUUUCGAUGGGUUUUUGCGCGCGCGCGCGCGCGCGGAGGUGAUGAGCAUAGUGGGGAGAGCGCGACAACUACGCGUCACGCGUUCAAUAACUGAGCUCGGUCAUCUCCAGUUUACAUUACUACGCCUUGCCGCUGAACAAAAGAGAGGUUAUUUCACACUUGGAAAUUGUCGGCGUUCCUUCGCGCGCCGCACUGUGCCGCUGCUAAUAGCCGAGGGACACUGAAGGCGUUCAGUCGCGCGAGGCUUUCUAUGGAUUUUCCAUGGGUUUGUGAGACGCAAACAGGCGAGAAAAUAGUGCUGCAUCGUUCGACUGUCACUUACAAGGUGCUUGCUUUCCAGUAGGCCAGCGCGUGAACAAAGAUAUUUUCACGAAAAGUUUCAACAUGUCGAAGCCGGGAUCGACUGGAUUUUCAGCAUUUUCCCGAGAAUGGAAGUUAAACAAAGAGAAAGAAGGCUACCGCUUUAAAGAUCUAAGGGAAGCCAUGGCUAAUGAACAGUGUUAUGCUACUUGGAAAAACUUGCCGGAAGACGUGAAAGAUUACUACAGAAUUUUGGCAAAGUGUUCUGAUCAUCAUUCAAAAGCGGGAGGGAGAGAUAGAAAGAAAAACUCAUCGGACAAUCGUCCACUGGGCCGCAACAACGGUCGCCGGGCGUCCUAUGCCUACAAUCGGCCAGGGCACAGCUCGGGACAGUUGUCGGGUAAGCCAGCUCAGUCAAAGAUACAAUUGCCACCAGACACCAGGAGGUUCAAGGGCACUAUGGAGGAGUACAUGGCUCUCUUGAUGGGUUCUAGAAAGCAACAAAACUGUGUGCAAAACUUGAGCUUUUACAUUGUCCACGCAAACUACUUUUACUUCCGAGAGCUGGAUAAUAACGUGAGCGAUUAUUAUCCCGUAGAAGUGGCAGUCGCAGAGUGCUCUUUGGAGAACGGCGUGAAGAGAGUUCACCACGUUAUCGUGAAAGAGGAUAUAGUCAAGGGCUACCGUAACGAUGCAGUCAUACGCGCUGAAGAGUCACACAAGAUGCCUAUUGACUUCAAUUUGCUGGGCAAAGUCGAGGUGGAAACCAAUUAUUCGGAAAUAUUUCAAAGUAUUUGCAAGUUUAUAGAGCCAGGAAGCAUCGACGGUGAGCUACCUCCGGUGUUUACCAUGAGAUCCAAUGACGAGCACAUUUGGAAGCCCGUCAAGUCCAUUCUUGGCAGAUUAGCUCUAGCGGACCACAAGCAUCCCGAUCACUUGAACCUUUACUCCUUUGAAGACUUGUUCGCCUUCAUCUCCAACGCCGUAAUGAUCAAAGACAAGAGUGAGUUCGAUGUUGCUCAAGCUGUCGAAAGAAUCGAGAAAGACCCGAAUGCUCACACAAACGGUUUUGGCUGCGAGUAUCACCAACGCGUCGGAGAAGGCGAGCUCCACUGCAGCUCGCACUUCGUGAGGCGCUGGUGGUACAGGCUCUGUGAUUACUGCUGCGAUGCACUGAGAAUCGAGAAGAUUCCUGGCGUACACGGUCCUGUCGACGCGGAGCCGCAGAAGCUCGUCUUCACCAAGCUGAACUUGAAGCAGGGCUUCGGUCCGAAAGAGCCGAGAGAUCAAAAACGAUAUUUCAACAGAUAUAAGUGAACAGUACGGGAAACGUCGAUUGUCAUGGUUGAAAGAUUACUGUUAAUAGGUUAAUGCUAUUUCGCGCAAGUAAAUAAAGAUUUUUGCCACUCUCGUUCUCAUCGAGCUAAUUUCA